AUGGCAGGCAUUGGCGAGGAGGGAUGGAUGGCAGGCAUUGGCGAGGAGGGAUGGAUGGCAGGCAUUGGCGAGGAGGGAUGGAUGGCAGGCAUUGGCGAGGAGGGAUGGAUGGCAGGCAUCGGCGAGGAGGGAUGGAUGGCAGGCAUUGGCGAGGAGGGAUGGAUGGCAGGCAUUGGCGAGGAGGGAUGGAUGGCAGGCAUUGGCGAGGAGGGAUGGAUGGCAGGCAUUGGCGAGGAGGGAUGGAUGGCAGGCAUUGGCGAGGAGGGAUGGAUGGCAGGCAUUGGCGAGGAGGGAUGGAUGGCAGGCAUUGGCGAGGAGGGAUGGAUGGCAGGCAUUGGCGAGGAGGGAUGGAUGGCAGGCAUUGGCGAGGAGGGAUGGAUGGCAGGCAUUGGCGAGGAGGGAUGGAUGGCAGGCAUUGGCGAGGAGGGAUGGAUGGCAGGCAUUGGCGAGGAGGGAUGGAUGGCAGGCAUUGGCGAGGAGGGAUGGAUGGCAGGCAUUGGCGAGGAGGGAUGGAUGGCAGGCAUUGGCGAGGAGGGAUGGAUGGCAGGCAUUGGCGAGGAGGGAUGGAUGGCAGGCAUUGGCGAGGAGGGAUGGAUGGCAGGCAUUGGCGAGGAGGGAUGGAUGGCAGGCAUUGGCGAGGAGGGAUGGAUGGCAGGCAUUGGCGAGGAGGGAUGGAUGGCAGGCAUUGGCGAGGAGGGAUGGAUGGCAGGCAUUGGCGAGGAGGGAUGGAUGGCAGGCAUUGGCGAGGAGGGAUGGAUGGCAGGCAUUGGCGAGGAGGGAUGGAUGGCAGGCAUUGGCGAGGAGGGAUGGAUGGCAGGCAUUGGCGAGGAGGGAUGGAUGGCAGGCAUUGGCGAGGAGGGAUGGAUGGCAGGCAUUGGCGAGGAGGGAUGGAUGGCAGGCAUUGGCGAGGAGGGAUGGAUGGCAGGCAUUGGCGAGGAGGGAUGGAUGGCAGGCAUUGGCGAGGAGGGAUGGAUGGCAGGCAUUGGCGAGGAGGGAUGGAUGGCAGGCAUUGGCGAGGAGGGAUGGAUGGCAGGCAUUGGCGAGGAGGGAUGGAUGGCAGGCAUUGGCGAGGAGGGAUGGAUGGCAGGCAUUGGCGAGGAGGGAUGA